AUGCCCAGCGUCCGCCUCGGCUUCGGCCUCCUGGCGGCCCUGGCAGCGGGUGGUGCUGUCGCCCUGCUGGGCUACUGUGUCUACCUGGACCGAAGGCGGCGCAGAGACCUGGUGAUCCAGCGCUGCCAGCGGGACCAGAGAAGAGCUGGACAGCCCAAAGCCCAGGCGGAGGCCAGGCAGUUAUGGGAUCCAGCAAAGGAGAAACUACAAGAAUUUUUUUUGCAAGAGGUGCAAAUGGGAAAACUUUGUUUAGCUAGAGGAGAGCAUGGAAUGGGGGUUGAACAUCUCACCAAUGCCCUUUUAGUGUGUGGGCAACCCAAGGAACUUCUGACGUUUUACAAACACACACUCCCUCCUGAGGUAUUUCAGAUGCUACUGUACAAAAUUCCCCUUAUCUGCCAGCAACUUGAAGCAGACAUGUAUGAACAGAAGUACUUAAAGGAUUAUCCUGACUGA